UGUCGAUCAUCUCGAAUAUUGCACGUUGCUGGCCACUCUAGUUUUGAUGGUGGAGCUAGUCACUUUGCUUUUGGUACUCCGUAGGUUUUAUCUAGAGUCCGAGCGCGCAACCUUUGUUUAGUGCGGCGAGAUUCCACCUUUUCGCAUAGCUAUUCUACCGGCGCUAUUCCGGUAUAAGCUGAAUAAAGAGUCGGUUUAGUAUUCUCGUCAAUAAAAAUACCAAAAUGACUGAAAAAUGGGACAUCCCCUUACAGAAACAGGCUUCUUGUUUGCAAAUGCGUAGUGUCGCUUCCAUAGAUAUCGAGUUCGAGGAUUUGAAAUAUAUUGUGCCGCAAAAAAACGGAUCGAGGAGUAUUCUCAAAGGUGUUUCAGGAUGUUUCAAGGCCGGAGAGAUCACUGCCAUUAUGGGACCUAGUGGAGCAGGAAAAUCAUCUCUUCUCAACAUUUUGACUGGCUUCAGAGAAGCACAUGGCACCAUAAGAUGUAGAGGACCAUCAAUAAAUGGAAUCGGAGUGAAGAAAUAUGUCAAACACUCAUGCUACAUCUUACAAGAUAACUGUUUAGAUCCCCUUUUUACGGUUGAGGAGACCAUGAAUUUUGCUGCAGAUCUCAAGUUAGGCCCAGAUAUGACUAGGAAAAGUAAAGAUCAACUUGUUUAUGGUAUUCUUCAAGCCAUGAAAUUAUUACCCUGCAGAUACACUAAAUGCGGCAUGAUUUCUGGAGGUCAACAAAAGAGGCUUUGCGUGGCCUUAGAACUCAUAGGAAAUCCUUCUAUUAUGUUCCUCGAUGAACCUACUACAGGUCUAGACAGUUCAUCAUCGCAUCAAGUCAUAGCAUUGCUCAAAACUUUGGCCCAACAAGGAAGAAAUAUAGUAUGUACGAUUCAUCAACCAAGUGCAGCUCUAUUUGAAUUGUUCGACUUUGUGUAUGUGGCGGCGGAGGGCCGUUGUAUCUAUCAGGGAUCCAGUAGGAACGUUGUUUCGUAUUUGGCCUCAUUUGGUCUUAGUUGCCCCAAAUAUCACAAUCCUGCAGAUUAUCUAUUGGAAGUGGCCAAUGGGGAUUUUGGUAAUUUCACUAAUACUCUGGAAAUGAAAGGACUAGUGAACACUUGGAGAAAUAUAGCUAAACAUGAAGAAGACACGGAAAAGAGUAUAUCAUGCAUAGAAUCUAUGAUCGAUAGCGACAAUAAAAACCAACAGGACUCACCGUCAGAAUUUUACAAAUUAUGGAUACUAAUGAAAAGAUCGACGAGGAAAAUGAAGAGGGACUGGACGAUAUCGACUUUAAAAGCUUUCCUGCAUUUUUGUGUGGGGAUCGUUUUAGGAUUAACGUAUCUGAAUGCUGGCAACGAUGCGUCGAAAAUGGUGAAAAAUUUAGGAUUUCUGUUGAUUUCCAUAGUUUACUUAUGUUACACAUCUUUGAUGCCAGCAGUUUUGAAAUUUCCUUCAGAAUUGAGCAUCUUGAAGAGAGAGCGUUUCAACAAUUGGUACAACCUGAAGACGUAUUAUACAGCAUUUUUAUUAAUUGAUCUCCCGAUGCAAAUGAUAUUCACACUAUCUUACAUAUCUGGUUCAUACUUGCUAAGCGCUCAACCACUCGACCUGUGCAGAUUCCUAAUGGUGGUUCUAGUUUUAUUUUGCGUUUGUGUGGUGGCAUCGAGCAUGGGGAUUUUCUUUGGAACAGUUGUGAAUCCCAUUAACGGAACCUUCUUUGGAGCCAUUACGUUAGCGCUUAUGCUGUCUGUAGCUGGGUUCCUCCUGCUCUUCUCACACAUGUCCAAAGUGAUGUACUGCUUAACAUACAUCUCCUAUUUGAGCUAUGCUAUGGACGCUCUUGCCCAGAGCAUCUAUGGAUACGAUAGGCUCCCAGUGCCAUGUCCGGAAUCUGAAGACUUUUGUCUUUUCGUGUCUCCCAUGGAUCUUCUCCGAGAAGUCGGUAUGGAGAAACCCAACUUCUGGAAUGACAUCCUAUUCUUGGGGUGCAAUUUCAUUUUCCUGCGAUUACUCGCUUUUUGCACAUUGAAAAGGACCUUAGCCAAAGUGUGAAUUUGUGAGUUGAGGUAACUGGUGAUAACUGAUAAAUACCUGUGAUGGAUAUAAUAGACUGACUGCUUCGGAUCGAAAGUCAGAAGUGGGUAUGGAGCAACCACUUUAAGUAAAACUUUAUUGGAAGUGUCGAAGUGGUGGUUUACGUUUAUGAGAUAUUAAAUACCUUGAUAUUUUAUUGUUAAUUUAUAGUGGUUAGUUGAAAAAUCUUGAAUAUUUCAAUAAAUCAUUUAUUUCCCUAUGGAGAAAAAA